GAUGUCUUCAGCUGAAUUUAAGGCUCUGUCACAAGAUGAGCUCCGGAAACGAUUAUACCAGACAUUUAAAAAUCGAGGAGUUUUGGACACACUUAAGACACAACUCCGAAAGCAGCUCAUACAUGAACUAAUGAAUCCAGUUUUAUGUAGAGAAAUUCUCCCAAAGGCUAUUUCUAGUGAAUGCAGUUCAUUGAUCAUUGUUGCUUGUAAUAGUUUGGUGGCAAAUCACUUGCGAAGGUGUGGCUAUGAAUAUUCACUGUCUGUCUUUUACCCAGAAAGUGGAUUAGAAAAGGAUAAAGAGCUUAGUAUACAAGAUCUGCUCCGGCUAAUUAGGAUCAGUCCAACGAGUGACCUUUAUAAAAUGCUGAUUUCAGAUUCAACAAAAACCAGCAUGAAAGGCUUUCUUGUACAGAUUUUAACAGAAUUGGUAGAAUACAAUCUCUGUAAGGAGACCUGUAAUACAGAAACCCAGACAAGUUCAACACUCUACAAAGAAUCUCUCGCUGAGAAACUCCAACUAAUUGAUGAACAGUUUGCGGACAUGUAUCCUCAGCGUCAUUUAUCUGAGUCUUUUCAUGUAAAGCUUGCUGAAUAUAAAAGAGAAAUAGAACAACAGCUGCAAUCAGAAAUGGCUCAAAAGUUACAACACUUCAAGGAUGUUGAAAUUGCCAAAAUUAAAAUGGAUGAAAGGGCACAAUCCCAGAAAGAAAUUUCAGAGCUUCGGAAACAGUUUCAAAGAGAUCAUCAAGCCAAGUCAGAGGCUCUAACCUCUCGAGAAAGAAAUGCUAUUGAGCGACUUCAUAAGCAGCAAGAGAUUGAUGCAAAAGAAAUUUACCUGCAAAGACAGACCUUACUGAAAGAUAUUGAAACAGUAAGAAGCCGAGAGGAAGAACUGAAGAAGAGAAUAGAAGCUUUUGAAAUAGCUCAAAAGCUUCAAGAAUCAAAGAAUAAAACUGUUGAAGAUGCACUUCAUCGGCGGGAGAUUGCUGUGAAGAACAUUGAGGAGACAUAUGACCAGAAGUUGAAGAAUGAGCUGCUAAAAUAUCAACUUGAAUUAAAAGAAGAAUACAUAACCAGGACAAAAAAGAUUGCUGAAAAUGAGAGAGAACAAAAAGAAAAGGCUAUGCUUUUGCAUGAAGAAACCAAUUCACUUAAUUCAAAAAAGCAAGAAUUCAACCAAGCUGUUUUGCGUGCAAAAGAACUUGAGCUGGAAAUCAGUUCAGCCAAGGCUGAAGUUUUAUUACUGAGCAAACAGAAUCAGUUGUUGACAGAAAAACUGAAAGAAGUUUCAGAUUAUCCUACACUAAAAGAGGAGAAAAUAGAGUACCAAGUGCAGAAUAAGCUACUUGAACAGCAGUUGGAGGAAGCACACAAUGAAAACCUACGACUCCAAGACAAGCUGAGUCGUCCAUCAUCUGACUUUGUGGUCCUUCAAGCACAAUUAAAAAGAGUAGAACAUGCAAGAAAGCUUGAAUGUGAGGGGUCUGAAACUCAUAAACAGGUCUUGGAAAAACAGUUACAAAAGGAGAGGGAUCACUGUAUACAGUUAAAGUCCCAGUUAUCAGAAUAUGAAAAUACCAUCAGGAAGUUAAAUGUACAGAUAGAAGAAUUAAAGUUACAGUGGAAGCACAUGCAGACAGCAUUAGAAAAUGAAGUGUAUCGGAAUCCUAAGCCUUCUCUGGUUGAUCGUUCCGUCAUUGACUUGAUUGAUGAUAAGAUCGUUCCACAUGAUAUUUAUGUAGAUCGUGCUUUCUUGAAAACUCAGCCAGUGACCACUAUUGGAAUGGGAAAUACUGCAAGUCCCGGUCAUCAUAAUCACAUCCUAAAAUUCAGCAUGUCACCAGAUUCUGACUUAGAAUUUGUAGCUACUACAAAGGCUCGGAUAAAAGAACUGGAAAGAGAAGCUGAGUACUUAGAAGAGGCCUACAGGAAUUACCAGCACAAAGUCACUCAGAGAGCAGUUGGCCCAACAAAGAUCUCAUCUUCCCAAUCACCAAAUAACCAUAUCCUGGUAUCUCAGCAAAGAAAGAUAUCUACACGGGAGAAUUUGUUUUCCCAGGAACAUUCUCUUCACUUUCAAAAAAGUAAAAGCUGUACCUGGACAUCAGGAGAUGGGAAUCAUGUGAAAGUUCAUUUGAGUACCACCACAAAAAAACCUUCCAGGCGUCUCUCUUCUACUCCUGUUUCUAAAGCAAGGCAAAACAUCAGUAAAAAUCUGUUUAAUGAAGAUACCACUGGCUCAUCUCUUGCUGUUCCUCUUGAGAAUGCUAAUCAGCCUCUGUCUCCUAUUCUGAGAAUAGGAAACUGCUCAUCUCCUGAUUCAGCUUGCUCAUCCCCACUCCCCAACAAACAAAAGUUAAGUCUAUAUCAAGAACUAGAGAACCAUCAGAAUAGUAACAACACUGCAGAUCCUGUAAAACCUUUGGAUGAAGACCUUGGAAACAACAGUCCUGUUAAUGACUAUCCAGAGGACAUUCCAGAACAGCUCAAAAGCAAUGUGUCCCAUCCAUCUGGAGACAUAGUUAGUUGGAACCAUGUUCCAGGCUCCAUGCCAGCAACAGGCAUUUCACAGCAGGAGAUAAGUAGAACAGAGAAAACAGUCUUAGAGGGAAGACAUCCUGAAGAACAAAAGGAGCCAGAAUGGGAAGAAGAAAGGGCUGAAGAAGAGAAAAGGCAAAGUGAGAAGUCUUUGGAAAGAGAUGAAGGAGAACUGGAAAAACUGGAUCAGGAAAUACAUGUCCAAGAGUCAUUGGGAAUGAAUGAAGAGAUUCAAAAUGAAACAGUAACAAAUGUGCAGACAAGUACUCUGAAGUCUGAAGAACACUGUGAUGCUGAUGCUUCCAAUCCACUGGAAAAAUACAUGAAAAUAAUACAGCAGAAUCAAGCUAAAGAACAGGAAAAGAAGGCUGAGAAGGAAGCAGUUGAAAUAUCAUCUGAGGGACUACUAGGCAGUGAAAGGGAGGACAGCUUUAGCGCUGCAGACAUUCUCCAUGAAGGACCUGAUGACAAUUUCUGGUGAAGAUGAGGUAGUGGUAACCAGAACAAAAAGCCUGAUACGGAAGGAAAAUCCUCAGGCAAUAAGGAGAAUGAUUUUGCACAGCCUUACAUAUUUACAUCUGUAAAAUCAUUAAUGAAGAAAUAAUAUAUCUGUAUACAUUGCAGGCUUUGAAAAAACAGUUUUGGUACUUUGUAAUACUUUACAAAAUGUUUCUUUUGUGAACAACCGGUUUAAUCUGUUCUAUUGUAUGAUAGAAGAAGCA